AUGGGGAAGUGGAUUCCAGUUUUUACUGUACUGAUUUUAAGCGAAAAACUUCAUUCCGUGACAUCGCAGUUUGAUCAGCUAAGAGCCAUACGUUUCCAAGACGCUAUUAACCGAGUAAAACCAAGAAGAAAACUGAAGAGUGACAUGAAAAAUGUUACAGAAAGUUCUAAUUCUAGCAAUUUGCAGUCCAGGGACAAUUCAGAGGUUAGAGAGGCUAAUGAAGUUCAAUCAGAGCCUAUCAGAGUCCAGCAGCAAGUUCUGAAUGAUGAAACACACGCCCUCCAGGUAGAGUUAGCAAGCAUGUUAGAUGCUGUUCAAGAAACGGAAACAAAAAUGGUGGAAAUGUCUGCGCUGAACCAUCUCAUGUCCACAAAUGUUUUGCAACAGGCACAACAGAUGGAAUUUUUAUAUGAGCUGGCCGUUGAAGCUACAAAGAAUGUACAGCUUGGUAACAAAGAGCUCUCACAAGCAAUUCAAAGGAAUAGCAGCAGCAGAACUUUUCUUUUACUUUUCCUAUUUGUACUUACUUUUUCAAUUCUCUUUCUUGAUUGGUAUAAUUGAUUGUACAUGUUUUCCAGUGCGCUUCUAGCUGUACCAUGUUACAGCAGCAUCAAAUACAUCCGCACUAUUUUCUAGGGCUGCUAAAAUAACUUUAAUGUUUCCUGAGUUCUUUUGCUGAAGAGCUGAUAGCUUACUUUCAGUUUGUGUUAUACAUAGAUUUUUGCUAGGCGAUUGCAUAUUUAUUUCUGAAUUAAUUGACCAAUUAAACAUCUGUCAGUGUACUGUGCCAUGUUUGACUGUUCAGCUGAAGCAGGAAGGCAAAAAAUUGAAUGGAUAAUGUAAAAUCUGUUCAUGAUGUAUGAGCACCGUAAGUUGGUGGAAUCAAUAUCUUGGGAUAUCCUUUUUCACUAAUGUAAUGAUAUUACAGUUGAGUUGAAAUCAGUCUUUUUUGGCUACAA